CAGGUGAUCAGAAUUUCGCGCCACUUUCGUAUGCUUUUCACAAUCCGGAGGUUGAAGUCGAGUUUCCUGACGAUAUUUUCGCUACAAAUUGGCGAUUUCUACUCGUCUCCCUUCAUUCCAAGUAUCACAGUAACUGUAUAGAGGCAGUAAGACUCUUGUGUGUCCCUGUUACGCUUUUUGGGUGAGAAAAUAAGAUAAAAUUCGCCAAAAUGCCACCACGAGACUACGCCGCAGAGAAAGAAAAGAUCAAGCAGUUCAUCGCCGAGUUUUACACCAGUGGAGACAAAGGCGGAAAGGACUUCAAGUAUGCACAACAAAUGGUCAAGAUCGCGCACCGUGAGCAGGUAGCGCUGACCAUCGACAUUGAGGAUGUUGCCGAGGUCGACCCUGACCUUGCGGAAGCCAUGGUGGAAAACACGCGACGCUACAUCCACCUCUUUGCAGACGCUGUCUACGACAUGCUGCCUGACUACAAACAGAGAGAGGUGGAGACCAAAGAUGCGCUUGACGUGUACAUCCAGCACCGCCUGCUGAUGGAGCAGCAGCACAGGGGCGGGGCCGAGCCACGGGAUCCGCGUAACCAGUUCCCGCCAGAGCUCAUGCGCCGAUUUGAGAUCUACUUCAAGGCUCCCGGUCAGCAGAAGCCGUUGGCCAUCCGACAGGUGAAGGCGGAAAACGUGGGGAAGCUGGUGUUGGUACGCGGUAUCGUGACCCGCUGUACAGAGGUCAAACCCAUGAUGGCGGUGGCCACCUACACCUGCGAUAGGUGUGGCGCAGAGACGUACCAACCUAUCAACUCCCCGACGUUCAUGCCACUUCAAAUGUGCCAGAGCCAGGACUGUGUCACCAAUAAGUCCGGAGGCCGUUUGUACCUACAGACACGUGGCUCCAAGUUUGUGAAGUUUCAAGAGAUUAAGAUCCAGGAACAUAGCGACCAGGUGCCAGUCGGGAACAUCCCCCGUAGCAUGACCAUCUUCGCCCGCGGAGAGAUCACGCGACUCGCCCAGCCAGGGGACCAUGUCCAAGUCACAGGCGUGUUCCUUCCCAUGUUGAGGACAGGUUUCCGACAGGUGACUCAGGGUCUGCUGUCCGAGACGUUCUUGGAAGCUCAUAAAAUGACGAAGAUGAACAAGACAGAGGAUGAUGAGCUUGGAGCUGAGGAACUGUCAGAGGAUGAGAUCAAGCAGAUAGCAGAGGAUGACUUCUACGAGAAGCUUGCCUCUUCCAUUGCCCCUGAGAUCUACGGCCAUGAGGAUGUGAAGAAGGCGUUGUUACUGCUCCUGGUGGGAGGAGUGGACCGUGCACCCAAGGGCAUGAAGAUCAGAGGAAACAUCAAUGUUUGCUUGAUGGGUGAUCCUGGAGUGGCCAAGAGUCAGCUCUUGUCGUACAUCGACCGUCUGGCCCCCCGGAGUCAGUACACGACAGGCCGCGGCAGCUCUGGGGUCGGUCUGACCGCUGCUGUCAUGAAGGAUCCCCUCACAGGUGAGAUGCUUCUGGAAGGCGGGGCGCUCGUCUUGGCGGACCAGGGUGUCUGCUGUAUUGACGAGUUUGACAAGAUGAUGGACGCAGACCGUACCGCCAUUCACGAGGUCAUGGAACAGCAGACCAUCUCCAUUGCCAAGGCGGGCAUCAUGACCAGUCUGAACGCCCGAGUGUCCAUCCUGGCGGCCGCUAACCCGGCCUUCGGGCGCUACAACCCCAAGAAGUCGAUCGAACACAACAUCCAGCUCCCCGCGGCCCUCCUGUCCAGGUUUGACCUGCUGUGGCUCAUUCAGGACAGGCCAGACAGGGACAACGAUCUCAGACUUGCCCAGCACAUCACGUAUGUUCACCAGCACAACGAGCAGCCGGCAGCACAGUUCACUCCCAUCGACAUGAAGCUCAUGAGGCGCUACAUCGCCCUGUGUAAGACCAAGAACCCUGUGAUCCCGGAGGACCUGACUGAUUACAUCACCGGCGCGUACGUCGAGAUGCGGAAAGAGGCGCGGAACAACAAGGACUCGACCUUCACCUCCGCAAGGUCGCUGCUGGCCAUCCUGCGCCUGUCCACAGCACUGGCUCGUCUGCGGUUGGUGGAUGUUGUAGAGAAGGACGAUGUGAACGAGGCCAUGCGGCUGAUGGAGAUGUCGAAGGACUCGCUUGUCGGACAGGAGGAGGGAACCAAACGACAACAGCAACCACAAGAUGUCAUCUUCUCCCUGAUUCGUGAGAUGGCUCCUCCUGGUGUGAAGACCGUGAACCUCGCGGACGCGCGGGAACGCACCCUCGCCAAGGGCUUCACGCCCGACCAGUUUGACGAGGCCAUCGAAGAGUACGAAGACCUGAACGUCUGGCAGGUCAACGCUGCGAAAACAAAAAUCACUCUGAUUUAGUACAACAUAAACAAACAGCAUGUUCAAGGUUUGCUGAAAGUCAGACAAAGGUCAAUGACUGAUGUAUUUCAUUCUUAGAAUGACAGGCAAGUUAAGCUGAAGAUUUGUCAAUGAAGGUGAGACAUCCAAGUAAUACGAUACACCAAAAAGCAGUUAUGCAAGCAACUGGAUAUGAUUUUGGAAACAUAUCCUGUUGCUUGAGUAACUGCUUUUUGGCAUGAACUGUAGAUUCUAAAGUGUUUCCAAUGGAUUAAAUCUAGUCUAACUCGUACACAUAGCAAUUGGUUUAGAAACAUUUGUAAUCAAUAGUUUGUUGUGAUUUGCUCGGGACAAGGGCUUCUAGUCACUUUUUCCAAAAUGUGUCUGAGUUCAUUGUCAUGUGCUAAUUUGAUUGAAAGGUUUACUCCAAGUUUGUAAACACACCCUCGGAAUUGUGGUGUCUUGAGUGGCAAGAUAGUCGUGCAGGAAAAUGUUUACCUUGCUAGCCUUUUGUUCUUGUCGUGUGAAACAGGAAAAGGAUUCGGGUAGAUCAUGAUUCAAUUGUGAGCUAACUAAGUCUUAAUAAGUGACUAUCUUGUAUCCUUGUGUGUAGGUUUUUGUGUUCACUGUAAGUUUACCAAUAUUCAACGCUGAAACUCAUAAUACAUGUAUAUGCUCAUGUUUCAUAACUCUUUCCUUCAUGUUUUACUGGACCAAAAGACAAAUGUUAAGUUUAAGGUACCGCAUGGUGAUAUAAGUCUUUUUAUAUUUUUCACUCCCAACAAAAAGUGCCUUAUUGAUAUUCAACUCCUACAAGUGAGAAACCAAGUGUCCUUGCAGUAUUGAUUUGGAUGAGGAGCUAUAGCUUAGAUGAUGAAACCUAACCAUGAUUUUUAAGACUCUACAACUUGUAAUCGUGCAAAAUGUCAUGUAAAGACCAUUCAACAGUAUCUACUUUAUCAUACAACUUUAAUGGGUACAACAGGUAUGAUUAAAAGGGAUGAUAUAUUUUGUAGUACUAGUAACAUCUUUAGCAGAUAACUUUCUUUUCUUUGCUGUGUGUUACAACAAAAUAAAAGAAAUG